AUGGCAAAAUUGAGGUCUCUGAACGUCAUAGACACAGUGAAUGAAGACACUGAGUACGACAACAUCACUCGGGCGGUAGCUUCGAUUCUGCAGGUGCCCAUCUGCUUAGUCUCGCUGGUUGCCGAAGACAAGCAAUGGUUCAAGUCCAAGUGUGGGUUGGGUGCAGACGAGACAGCGAGGUCCAGCAGCUUUUGCGCCUACAUCUUAUUCCCGGAAGCAGUGGAGGAUGCCAGGAUGCUAGUCGUGACCGACGCCAGACAUGAUAUUCGCUUCAUGAAGAAUCCGCUGGUCCUUGGCGAGCCAUACAUCCAGUUUUAUGCAGGCUGCCCCUUGGUGACAUCCGAAGGAUUGCGUCUUGGGUCCUUGUGCGCCAUCGACAGAAUUCCGAGAGACAUUCGACCAGGGGAGGUGGGCCUUCUCGUCAACUUCGCACAUUUGGUAGUGCAGGCGUUAGAGGACAAUCAUCUGGAGAAGCUCCAUCAAGAGCUUCGGGGUGAGGACUUGGACGAGGAGCCUAAGGAGGAGGAAGUGCAGUGGAAUGGAGGCAAGCUCCGAACCGAGGCAAUGCUUGACGCUCGUCAAAGUGCGGUCGUGCUGGUUUGGGCGCGGCCGGAUUCGAUGGAAUGGACCAUGUUCUUUGCGAACAAGGUGUUCGCGGGGCUGACAGGUGUCGAGGUGAUCGCACCUUACAAGUUCCCCGGGGAACCACAAGUGAAGGUACAUGGAAAGAUGAGUGCGCAGGCAUCUUUUUGGGACCACAUCCGACUCGUCUCUCGCGAGCCUACACAGGUAAUGGAGCUCUGGAAAACGGUGGCUGUCGCGAUGACAGGCAGGCAGCUGGAUACCAAGCCAGGAGGGUUUGCUGCACGUGCGACUGUCAAGCAGUCCUCACGGCAGCAAGCAGGCAAGACCUUCCUGAAUUGCCGCUUCACCCCAGCAGAGGUGCCGAUCAGCGAAACCUCAGCCGCGGUCAAGAACCCUGGGCUACGCUCGACGGAGAAGUGGCCGAGACCCAGAGGAUGGCCAGGCGAGGGUCACUGGUUUUUCAUCCAAAUGAUACCUGAGCCGAUGGCAAAUGGUUCGAUGUCUAGACAGCCUAGCCUCCCACAGGAGGCUGAGGCGACGAAGCCCCAGACGCCACAGUUAUCAACGGUGUCCUCAACAGGGGCCACCGAAAGCCGUCAACUUGCUGGAGGCACAAGCGUCGGCACAAGACCGCCCACUUCGCCUUUUCAGGAUGUCCGCUUGGUGCGGCUCGUAGGACAAGGGUCCUUUGGUGCCGUUUACUUUUCGCUCUGGAGCGGUGCAGCUGUCGCAGUAAAAAUCAUCAAGACGGUCAUACCGGCUGGCAAGGAUGUGGCGGAAUUCGACAAGAACCCGCACUACGAGGCAGCCCUGUCUGUGUCCAUCUCGCAUCCCAAUCUGGUUCAGACCUUCAAGCACGGAGGCAGAAUAAAUUCUUUGAGUACAAAUGGCGGAGCUGAGGCAAAGGAACUCGGCAAUGUCCACGAAACUUGGAUCGUUCAGGAGUGGUGUGACGGCGGUACUUUAAGGGCCGCUUGCCAAAGCCCAAAGCUUCAAGAUCAGGGCCUGCUAGAAGCUCUGGAGAUUUGUAUGGAGAUCUCACGAGCUGGGCAGUACUUGCAUGACAUCGGCAUCAUUCACGGGGAUCUGAGCGGCAACAAUGUCCUGCUCAAGUCCAUGCCUGUUCCCAAGGGCUACGUUUGCAAGGUUUGCGAUUUCGGCCUCGCACGGGUACUGGAUGGCGAGUCCAAGGUGUCCAUCACGUGGAGGAAGGGGACCUACCUCAGCGCUCAGGGAGUUGAAUGGCUUACAGAAAGAUAUACACUCUAA